GAUCAUCUCUCGCCUGGUGGUGCUCAUCUUUGGCACCCUGUACCCAGCCUACUCUUCCUACAAGGCCGUGAAGACAAAAAACGUAAAGGAGUAUGUGAAAUGGAUGAUGUACUGGAUCGUCUUUGCCUUCUUUACCACAGCUGAGACCCUCACAGAUAUCGUGCUCUCCUGGUUCCCUUUCUACUUUGAGCUCAAGAUUGCCUUUGUGAUCUGGCUGCUGUCCCCUUACACCAAGGGCUCCAGCGUGCUCUACCGCAAGUUCGUGCACCCGACCCUGUCCAACAAGGAGAAGGAGAUUGAUGAGUACAUCACACAGGCCAGAGACAAGAGCUACGAGACCAUGAUGAGGGUGGGCAAGAGGGGCCUGAACCUGGCCGCUAAUGCGGCAGUCACAGCUGCAGCCAAGGGGGUGCUGUCAGAGAAACUCCGAAGCUUCAGCAUGCAGGACCUGACCCUGAUCCGGGACGAGGACGCACUGCCCUUGCAGGGGCCUGACGGCCGCCUCCGACCCAGCCCCAGCAGCCUGCUGGACACCAUUGAGGACUUAGGAGAUGACCCUUCCCUGAGUUUAAGGACUAGCACGAACCAAGCAGACCCCCGGACAGAGACCCCUGAGGAUGACAUGGGAGACAAGGUCCCGAAGAAAGUCAGAUCCAUCAAAAAAGUGCCCAAAACUGAGCCAGUAGCUUCCAAGACGCUGAAGACCCGGCCCAAAAAGAAGACCUCUGGCGGAGGCGACUCAGCUUGAGGUCCCCUAACAGCCCCCUCCCAGCCUGCACAGUGAGGAGGAAACCUGUGGAAGGGCCCAGCCCCAGCCCCUGCUCCACACUGUACCGAUAGCCCAGGUGUCUCGGGCCCAGGGCCCCUCAGAUGUCUGUUCCCAGGGCCUGCCCAGACCCACACCUCUGGAAGGGCUUGGGAAGGGGGAGGCCCUGCUGUGGGGUUCAGAGUACAGCCGGGACCAGGGGCUGAGACUGAGCCUCCCAGGGAAGUGGGGGCUCCUCGGAGCCUGAACCGCUGUUCUCCCACUCUAGCCCCCACCCACCCAGUGCCUUGCUGAAGACCAUGGCCAUCCCUUUCUGCGAGGUCCCAACAUGCCUCCACGGCCCUACCCCGGUUGGGGGCAGAGGCACUCACCACCCAGACAGACCAGAGAUCGGCCUGAAGGCACCUGGGAGAGAGGGAGCCAGGGUGGGAAGCCUCGGGGAGGCUGGGCAGGGGCUCCCGGCGGCAGCUGUGAGUGGAGGAUCGACUCUGUGUGCUCAAGGGACCAGGACCUGGAGGCCAGAGGUGCAGCUGGGGGCAUGGGGUAGGGUUGUGUGCUAUAUGUCCCCUCUAAACAGAGGCAGGGUUCUAGGGGUGUGCAUGAGAGCGUGUAUGUGUGUGUGUGUGUUUCUGGGUCAGUCGAGGGCUGGAGGAUUUGGGAUAAAGGACUUUUUCUCCACAGUGACUUCUCCCAACCCUUCACACCACAGCCAACUGGCCCUUCCCCUGCCUCUGCCCAGCCCUUCUUUGUCUUUGAACCCCAUAAAAUCCUAGGCCACGAGAGAGUGAAGGACCUCUUGCUCCUUCCGCUUCCCUUGGUCCUCUCUUCCUUCAUCCCAUUCCUGACCAGCUGGGAUCCCCCAUCCCUCAGGGCCCACUGUAGAGGCCCCUGCUAAGUUGGCUCUCCUCCCUGUACGAGGGACCCACCCUCCUUUCCCCCCAUGCUCCUCGUCCUGUACCAAGCAGACUGGUCCCUGUGAGCAGACCUCUGUCAGAGCCCAGCCUUGGCUCCACCCCCUGCCCCAGCUUCUGCCUCGGCUUCAGUCAGGGCCUGGAAGAAUGUGUGAAGAAGACAAAUUCAGGAGUCCCAGGCUCCCUAUCCUGUGGAAAGAGGGUGCCCUUCGGACCUUUGGCACUGGAUGAGCCAAUAAACCAAACUCUGGCGCCUCA